AAAGGCAAGUCAGAGCCGACGUUCACCACCAACGCCACCGCCACCACACUCGAGCCAACGUUCGCCACCAACGCCACCGCCACCACGCUCUUGACCCUGCGUGAGGUCGGCGAUGACCCCAUCCGCUCUGGGGACGCCGGAUGGCCACCGCCAUUUUUCCAGGCCAUCCUGCUUGACAAAGACGAAGAAAAGGGGGAGGACAAGGAGGAGGACAAGGAAGAGGAAGAGGAGGGGGGCGAGUGCUCGGUGAACUUCAACACCAGCCCCAUGUGGGCGAGGCAGGUGAAGGCCUACAAGGACGAGCUGGCAUACCUAAAGGCCAUCCAGCACGGCAACCAGGCGGUGAUGGAGAACCUGGUGCAGUUCGUGGGCGCGGAGAUGGGCGACCAGCGCUACCAGGACGUGAUCGAGGAGAACAUCGCGGGCGUGCGGCAGGAGUACAGCAGCUGCAGCGGCGUGGUGGACAAGACAGAGGAGGAGCUGCAGAGCCAGCUGGAAGGACACAGCCGCGAGGCCAUGGACGGCAUGCAGAAAAUCAAAGAGGAGUCCCUGGCCUUUGCAGACAUGCUGCAUGCGGCGUCGGACAUCGCCGGGCGUCUGGAGAGCACCUCCAAGGCCCUGCACGCCUCCCUCAGCCAGCUCAAGCACAGCUCAGUCAGGAGGGGCCUCAGCCACCACUGAGACGCUACUCCUCUCCCUCUCUCCCUCUCUCCCUCUCUCUCCCCCCUCUCUCUCUGUCACUCUCGCGCGCUCUCUCUCUCUCCCCUCUUCUCUCUGUCUGUCUGUCUCUCUCUCUUUCUCUCUCUCUCUCUCUCUCUCUCUCUCUCUCUCUCUCUCUCUCUCUCUCUCUGUCUGUGUC